AGAUUAUAAAAAUAAAAAAUAUUGUUUCUAGUUUCUACUACUUUCUUUCUUUCUUUCUGUUCAACAAGUGGAACCAAAGAGAAGCAGAGAACCGUACUUUUCUUCUGUUUAGCUUCUUCAAAACACAAACAAGAUCCAAACUCCAAACCUCAUUCACUUCACUCUCUUUGUUUUUCUGGCAAAAAACAACAAUGGUAGUACAAGACAUGUUUUACUUCAACAAGGAUAUUCUUGCUAUAAAGGCUCAGAAGAAAUCACCAAUGUUGUUAAGGAUGUCAUUGUUGAUGUUUUCAAUGGUAUGUGGUGUUUUCAUAUGUUAUGUUUGUUUGAAACAAACAAGCAUACAUGCUAGAACUAUUCUUCUUGAGCUUCAACAGAUUGAGAUGCCUUCUAGAACUAGAUUCAACCUUGUAGAUAUUCCUUACCUACAUUUCCCAAAUCCUGUUUCUUUUAACAGGAGUGAGUGUGCUCGAAAUCCGGUUCGAUUGUUUGCUAUAUUGACAAAUCAAAGAUCAGGAAGUGGUUGGUUUGAAACUCUUUUGAAUAGCCAUAUGAAUGUAAGCUCACAUGGGGAGAUAUUAUCAGUUCCGGAAAGACGAGUAAAUGUAUCUACAAUUGUAAAGACUUUAGAUAAAAUUUACAAUUUGGAUUGGUUCAAUAGUGCUUCCAAGAAUGAAUGUUCUGCUGCUAUUGGCUUGAAGUGGAUGCUUAAUCAGGGAUUAAUGGAGCACCCUAAGGAAAUAGUCAACUACUUCAACUGCAGAGGGGUCUCUGUCAUAUUUCUUUUCCGGAGAAACUUGUUACGCCGAAUGGUGUCGACGCUUGCCAAUUCCUAUGAUCGCUAUGCUAAGCUAUUGAACGGCACUCACAAGUCUCACGUUCAUUCUACAGAAGAGGCUGAUACUCUUUCGAGGUACAAGCCUACAAUAAAUUCUACGUCGCUGCUGGCAGAUCUGAAGGAUAUGGAGAAAAGAGCUGCAGCAGCAUUACAAUACUUCAACACCACGCGGCAUAUGAUCUUGUACUACGAGGAUCUUAUCAGAAAUCGAACUCUAAAAGAGGUGCAAGAGUUUUUAGGAUUGCCGGUAAUGGAAUUAACAAGCCGUCAGGUUAAGAUACAUAAGGGACCAUUGUCAGAACAUAUUAAAAACUGGGAUGAAGUUGCCAACACGCUCAAAGGAACUUCUUAUGAGAGUUUUCUGCAAGCUGAUUAUUCAUCAUAACAUAACCUCGUCUAAUUCUCUCAUGAAAAGUGUAAAUAUCAACAACACUGAUUUUGUCCGACCGAAAGAGUUUAAAGUUUUGGUCACUGCAGGAACCUUUCUUCUUGUUCUAAUGUUUCUUUCCACUUCUAAUCAACUUUCCAUUGAUUAGAUGAAUAAUUUUUGUUGGUUUGUACUAAGUUUUAGUUUUUGGUUUUUUUGUGCAUUCUUGAAUGACCUUUGUAUAUGUCAGCUAAUUUAUUAAUUAGUAAAGAUGAGCAAUGGUUAAUUUAAUUCAAAGACCUUCUAUGUAUUUUGUUAUUUUUUCCUCCUUUCUUUUAUCAUUUAUGUAAUUCAACUUCAUAUGAUUUGGAAGCCAGGCUAUUGUUUCUAAGAGACAGCAACAAAAUAGGCAUUUUUCUGUA